AUGAAUGAGUGUCAACCACUGGAUUUGAAUGAGCAGAUGGUGGAUCAGGCUUCCAUGACCCAUCAUGCAGGCUGCUUGUCAACAGGUUCAUGGGCUUUGUUGGCUUUGCUUGUGGCUUUUAUAAUAAAAUUACACUUUGUGACAGAAAAUGCCGCAGAAGUGUUAGGCUCAACGUCACCACGCAAGGAACUGCUUGUAGUUGGCACGGUGCUUAUGACGGCGGCCGACGGCGAUCACGUAACUCACCAGAUUUCACGGCGGCGGCAGCCGGAAGUGGUGUUUACGACAUCCUCUACAUCUGAUGUUCCUUCUUAUACAUUCUAUGAUAAUCCUCUGUUUACGGUAUCAUCUACAUCACCAUUUACAUCUGAUGUUCCUCCUCAUACAUUCUCUGAUAAUCCUCCUCAUACAUCUGAUGCGGACAUUGUUGGUGACAUUGUUGGUCCAUCUACUGAUAAUACAGUUGACAGUCACAAUACACCUACAAAUACAGAACAUCAAGAGUUAUUAAAAGUCUACUUUUUGGUAAAUUUUAACAAGUGUAAGCCUCUAAUCAUGCAAAAGAAUGUUUCGUUUCUCGAGGGUUUUAUCAACGACACGGAAGUUUCAUCUCUUUUGGACUGCAUUCGUCUGACAGCAGGACCUUUGCAUGCUCUUGCUGCUGCAAAACGUCCUGCAUGGGCUGCUCCGGUUUCUGCAGUUUCUGGUGCGGCUUCAUCUGUCCCGACACUAUCAAGAGCAAAUGUUAAUGGGCAGAUGCCGAAUGGUACAAACCCAAAUGUUGGUCAUGUCUCUGGUCCCGGUACGGGUCCUGGUGGAAACCCUAGUGCAUCUGCCAUGUUAACUGCUGCUACUGUGGCUAGCCGAGGUGGCCUGGGAAUCGUUCCUUGUUCUCUGUUACCGAUUGAUAUGUCGUAUGUUCUUCGUGGCCCGUAUUGGAUUCGUAUAAUAUACCGGAAAUAUUUUGCGGUUAACAUGAGGUGCUUUGUGGGUGAUCAAGUUUGGUUGCAACCUGCAACGCCACCGAAAGGCGGUCCUACAGUUGGAGGUUCGUUACCCUGUCCACAGUUUCGGCCCUUCAUCAUGGAACAUGUUGCUCAGGAGUUGAACGGUUUAGACCCGAAUUUCGCUGGUGGUCAACCAUCAGCCGGACCAACUAAUUCCAACAAUUCAGUUGCGUCUCCUGGUCCGCAACUCUCAGCCACAAAUGGCACCCGAGCGGGCCCUACGGUAAAGUCUCGCCCAGGAAACCAACCCGUGGGAUUUAACCGUUCUACAAAUGCCAUGUCAGCAUCACCAAAUUCACUCUUAGUGCACAGAGCUACUGUGAUAGUUCCUGCUCAUGUUAGAGGAGAGCUGAAUACCGCCAUUAUCGGGCUUGGGGACGAUGGUGGUUACGGUGGUGGUUGGUCCAUCUACUGAUAAUACAGUUGACGGUCACAAUACACCUACAAAUACAGAACAUCAAGAGUUGCAAUUCAUUCGAUUUGUGACUAAAGGAACAAUUACGACUUCUACACCUAAUGGCACACCAUAUUGGAUACCCGAUGUUGAUGCUGAAUACAUCCCUAUUAUAAACAGUACGUUUAACAGUUGGGAGUACGUUGAUUCCAAUGAUACUGAUGAAGAUGUUGAUGAUGAUGCUAAAGACCCUGCAUAUAUAUAUGAAUCUGAGUAACCUCGUAGACAUUCAUCCAGGCGUCAUGAAACAUUCAACGAUUCUUGAUUAUCCUAUAUAUAAUGACAAAUAGUUUCUAAGCAUUAUUCUUUUUGUUUACAAUCAUUUUGCACUGUCUGUAUACGUAUUCAUAGGUUAUGAUUGUGAUCAUGAUACUUUGAUAUCAAUUACUUAUUAUACA